AUGCAGAAGGGCGAACAACAAUUCAGCUCUAGGCGCGAGUUCCUCUUGAGACGAUACAACAAGUUUCGACAUUGGGCCAGAAUCGCGUCCGGCGUCACAAAUGUUAUUUCAGCCCUCUUCUCGGCCUCCAUGGAGUCGAUCAUGAUCUACACCAUGUACAAAUUCUACACAACGAAAGACCUCUUCGUCGAAGGUCGACCGUGGGGACCAUGGGCGAAGGGGAGUGUCCUGUGGCCGACUUUCAUGCUAGCUGUUGCAUCAAUCACCACUUCUCUCUUGGCAUUGACAGUGCUGGUUGGUCUUUGGUGUCGACGCAAGCAUAAUGCAGCAUUCUUCAGCCUUAUCUAUGCUGCCGGACAUAUCGUGGCAUGGGUCAUUGUUUCGGUAGUGUAUAGGGUCGAGAAAACUGAAAAGGACUUGUGGGGCUGGAGUUGUACCGACAAAGCCAGAGCAAUUCAACAACAACUCGACAGCAAGAAGCUGAACUUCGAGAGCUUGUGCAAGCUUCAGGCAUCUUCUUGGGAAGUCUCAGUCGCCGAGGUAGUCAUAAAGAUACUUUCGACAGGUGUCUCCUGGUACGUCGAUGGCAAGCAGAAAGGUUUGAAGAUCGAGCUUGUCGGCGACAUCGGCUCGGCAGGCUUCAAUCAGGUCACCGGUUAA